AUGUCGGAGGAUGAGAUGGACUUGGACAGUCCCGCCAAGAGCGAGAACAUCCAAGAUGAUCCCGAGGAAGAGGCCGGUGAUCUGAACUCUUUCUUUGGUCUCACAUCGGCACGGAGCAGCACCGAGGCCAUUUUUGACGGGAUGGGUGUUGUAGAAGAAGCCAAGUCAGAGGAGAGAAAUACAACAGUGGAAACCUUUCAGGCAGCUUUUAAAUCAGAGGUCAUUUUUCUGCUGUUCCCGUCAGAGCUGGAGGACAUGCUGGACUCUCUGCGGCAUCUGCGGCUGUGUCUGACGGAUGCUGAGAGUCAGCGGGACGUUCAGCUGCUGCUGGAGCUGCUGCUGCAGUCAGACUUUCAGCAGGCGUUCGUCACACACCGCAGCGUGACUCAGAGCGCCAGGCGCCUCCGUCCUCCGUUCCAGCUCACCGCACGCGCGCAGCAGCUCCGAGACGAGGUGGAGAAUGUCCUUCAGUCCAGCAAACACACUGCAGCCUCGGAGCUCACAGGCCUGCUGACGUCGCCACACCUUCAGGCCCUGAUGGACGCUCAUGACUGUAUUGCCGAGCAAGAAUUGGAAAUCGAAACUAUUGAAUCCGUGGACCAGGAUGAAAAGACCACCAAACUGGUUUCCCUGGAGAAAACUCGUGACAUGCCUCUGGGUGUGACCGUUCGAAACGAACAUGACCGUGUUAUCAUCAGUCGGGUGGUGAGCGGCGGGACGGCGGAGAAAAGCAACCUGCUCAGCGAAGGAGACGAAAUCCUGGAGAUCAACAGCGUUCCAGUCCGUGGAAAAAGUGUUAAUGAUGUUCACAACAUUCUGUCCUGCAUGCAUGGGUCCCUCACGUUUCUCCUCAUCCCAAACUCUCAAAACAAAAUAUCUCCUCACCGACCAACUGUGAUGCAUGUGAAGGCAAACUUCAGCUAUGACCCAUCUGAGGACCCAUACGUGCCAUGCAGAGAGCUCGGUCUCUCCUUCCAAAAGGGAGACGUCCUACACGUCACCAGCCAGGACGACCCCAACUGGUGGCAGGCGUACCGGGACGGAAAUGAGGACCAGAAGCCCCUCGCUGGCCUUAUACCUGGGAAGAGCUUCCAACAGCACAGAGAAGCCAUGAAGAAAACCAUUACAGACAGAAAUCAAGAGAAUAAAGGGAAACUUUGGUGUGCAAAGAAAGGCAAAAAGCAACGGAAAAAACUCUUGUUCAACCCUAGUAAGAAUAUCGAGCAAUACACCGAGGAUAUCCUAACCUAUGAAGAGGUCGCCCUGUACCACCAGCCGCCCAAUCGCAAGCGUCCCAUCGCUAUGAUUGGUCCAAUUAACAGUGGACAUGAUGAACUGAGACAAAGACUGCUCUCUUUAGGGCCUGACCGAUUCGCCGGUGCUAUUCCACACACCACACGAAACCCCCGUGCACAUGAGGUCAACGGCAGGGAAUACAACUUUGUGUCACGACAGAGCUUUGAAUCUGACCUGGCUGCCGGGAAAUUCAUUGAAUCGGGCGAGUUUGAACAGAACCUAUACGGCACAAACACAGAUUCAGUCAGACAGGUUGUCAACUCAGGAAAAAUCUGUUUGCUGUGUCUGCAUCCUAGGUCCCUACGAGUGCUGUGUUCCUCAGAUCUGAAACCAUACAUCAUCUUCAUCAGGCCUUCACCUCCAUCUCCUUCUCCUCCUCCUCCUCUUCCUCCUCAGGAGCGAUUCUCCACCCUGCUGACCAGAGGAGUGAAGAAACACAUGCCCGAGGAUGUGAGGGAGACCUUGGAGAAAGUGCGUGAGAUGGAGCACAGCUACGGUCACUUGUUCGAGGCGGUCAUCACAAACACUGAGCAGGAGAAGAGCGUCUCCGAGCUGCUGAGACUUAUUGACAAACUGGACAUGGAGCCGCAGUGGGUCCCUUCAGCCUGGGUCAGCUAAAAACACGUCCACAGGGAAUUGUGUUUUUUGUGUUGAAGGCUAGAAAUGUUUGGUAUGUUUGAAACGGCGAGCCGCCACACUACUCAUACUAUUUCUGAGGUUUGCAUAUUGUGCGCAGUAUGCUAACUUUUAACGUGUGUGUGUGUGUCUGCUUGUUAAAGGUAUAGUUCACCCCAAAAUACACAUUUUCUCACCCUUAUGCCAUCCGAGAUGUAGCUGAGUUUGUUUCUUGCAUUGCAUUGCAUCGGUGUCUCAGCAACGGACGCUCUGCAGUGAAUGGGUGCCGUCAGAAUGAGGGUCAGAACAGCCGAUAAAAACACGAUAAUUACUUGAUCACUUUAGAAGCGGCGUGUCUGUAAGAAACAAAUCCGUCAUCAAGACCUUUUUGUCUUCAAAACACGAAUCUAUAAUCCGUAAUAAUUCCUCCAGUGAAAAAAAAAGUCUCACGAAUACUGCUCUGGCUCGCAAAUGGUGCUCGAUCUGCGCAGAUUUCUCUCCUGAUUCCGUCGUUCGCUGGAGGAAGUGUUUUGGAUUAUAGAAAGUAGACUUGUGUUAUAGCGAGAAGCAAUGUUUUGAAGUUUAAAGACGUCCGUUUCUUACAAACACAGCUUUGAUCUUCUCAAAGCUAUUAAUUGCUGGACUGGAGCGGUGUGGAUUAUUGUAACGUUUGUAUCUGUUUGGACUCUCAUUCUGACGGCACCCAUUCACUUCAGAGCAAUCUGAUGAAGAAACAAACUCAUCCGCAUCUCCGAUGGCCUAAGGGUGGGUACUUUUUUCACACUUUUAUUAGUGAAAUAUCCUUUUAAACAUACUGUUUCACGAGAAACCCUAAAUGAAAUGUAAGUAUUCAUAUAAAUACAGUAUGCUGUACAUCAUGCACAGCACGCUAUUUUUUCCAUUGCAAAGAAGUCCAAGAUGCUGCAAUAUAGACUUCUAUAAGAAUUGUGGACAUUUCUGCAAUAUUGUUUUAUUAGCGUUUCGUGUUUGUAGUGUUUCACCUCUUAACGUUUCAAUACCUGUGAAAAUGAAAAUAAAAAAAGAAUAAUAACUUCUAAACAUAGACACAUAAUUUCAAAAUAUUUUCUCAGCAUGGAGGAUAUUCGAGAGCAGUCUCAUAUAGCUUUAAGUCUAUUUGUAAGGUGAUGUAUUAUACAUUAAUGACAUUGUUGAAUGUAAAACCUGUUGAAUGUACAAUUUGACGAAUCAAAACUAAUGUUAAAAUUGUUUUUCAUUAAAAAAGACAUUAAAAAGUUAAAUGGUGUAUAUAUAAAUAUAUAUAUGCAGUGCUUGAUAGUUUGAACGCAAAGCCACUGAACCUUCUUGCUUUAACAUUUAUUGGAGUUGAAAUGCAGUUAAUAUUUGACUUUCUUUAGUAAAUUGUUUGACAUAACGCCGCACUUACUUUAUAUGGAUGCCCUUUCCACCGCUGGAUAAAAGAAAAAAAAUUCUACCACAUAAGAAUUCUGACUUCUCGAAAUGUUCAUGAAUCAUAAUUCGAGAAAAAUCUCAGAAUUUUCUCCGAAAAUCCGCCGUAAGCUUUCAAAACCUUCUGGUUAGGAUUAGGGUUGGGGUUACGGUUGGAGGUUGGGUUAGGGUUGGGAACGCACUUCAGCGGUGUGCAUCACGCGAACCAAUCGACAGCAAAAGACCAUUAACACACAUUUAUUGAAAUUAAAUUCACAGGAAGUGAAAUCUGGGUACACCGUUACACCGAGACCAAACAAACGGGCAUCUGGGCUGAAGUUUGCUAAGGAUACUCUGUUAUCAUCACACACUACUUAGGGUGAAGCUCGCACUGGUUGAACACGCAUGCAAUAAGACUGGAGCGUGGAAUGAUCAUUCGAAUUCGUUUCAACUAUUUUACAGCUUUUCCUUUUUUGUUCGAAC